AUGGGGAAGAAAAAGAAAUGCACGUUACAGGUCAUCAUGGAAGAUGCUGGAAUAGAGAUUGAUGGACAAGUCGAGAGUGACACACAGAGUGAAGAAGAUGAAGGAAAGGAGAAGACAUCUAAGAAACGGCCCCGCAGGGAAACUGUCAGAGCAGGUAGACUUGAAAGAAAAAAGCCACAGAGAGACAAAGAAGAUGAAAGCAAAGAGGAAGAAAAUUGUCCCCAACAAAACAGAGCUUCUAGGAGAAAAAAACACCAAAAGAAAAAUGGUGAUGGAAAAAAGGCAGAAGUAAAAGAGAGAGACAAAAAGGCUUCUACUAAAGAUCAGAAGAAUUCAGAAAAUAAAGAAAAGAAAACAAAUAAAAAACGAAAGGAGGGGGAGAACAAACAGAAGAAAGGCGGGAAAAACAGUACUUCCUCUGAGUCUUCCAACUCAUUUGAUGAGGAAUCACUGUCAGAGGAAGAGCUUGCGAUGCUGAUGGAGCAGGUAGAGCAAAGGAAAAAACUGAUUUCCACCAUGAGGAACAAGCCCUGGCGAAUGGUGAAGAAGCUCUCAGUGCUCAGGGAGGCGCAAGCUUUUGUUGAGAAGUUUGAAGGAGCCCUAGGAAAAGGGAAAGGCAAAAAGCUGUAUGCGUAUAAGAUGAUGAUGGCAAAAAAAUGGGUGAAAUUUAAGAGAGACUUUGACAAUUUUAAAACCCAGUGCAUACCCUGGGAGAUGAAGAUAAAAGAAGUGGAAAGUCACUUUGGCUCCUCAGUUGCUUCCUACUUCAUAUUUCUGCGAUGGCUGUACGGUGUAAAUCUUGUCCUUUUUGGUUUAAUAUUUGGACUGGUUAUAAUUCCAGAGAUCCUGAUGGGAAUGCCAUAUGGGAGCAUGCCAAGAAAAACUGUACCCCGGGCUGAACAAGCAACAGCUAUGGAUUUUUCUGUUCUUUGGGAUUUUGAGGGGUACAUCAAGUACUCAGCACUCUUCUAUGGCUACUACAACAACCAGCGGACCAUUGGCUGGUUGAAAUAUAGGCUACCAAUGGCAUAUUUCAUGGUUGGGAUCAGUGUGUUUGGCUACAGUCUGAUGGUUGUUAUAAGAUCGAUGGCACGCAAUGCCAAUGAGAGUACAGCAGAUGGGGAUGAUGACAACUUCAUUUUCAGCUGGAAAAUGUUCACAAGCUGGGACUACCUCAUUGGCAACCCAGAGACUGCAGACAACAAGUUCGCAUCCAUCACCACCAGCUUCAAGGAAUCUAUCGUGGAUGAGCAAGAAAGCAACAAAGAUGAGAACAUCCACCUGAGGAGGUUCCUGCGGGUCCUGGCCAAUGUCCUCAUCAUAUGCUGCUUGUGUGGGAGCGGCUACCUCAUUUACUUUGUGGUGAAACGCUCCCAGACAUUUUCCAAAAUGCAAAAUGUUGGGUGGUAUGAAAGAAAUGAGGUUGAAAUUGUGAUGUCCUUGCUAGGCAUGUUUUGCCCCCCCUUGUUUGAAACCAUCGCUGCACUCGAAAAUUACCAUCCGCGUAUCAGGCUGAAGUGGCAGCUGGGACGCAUCUUUGCCCUCUUCUUGGGGAACCUCUACACAUUCCUGUUGGCCUUGAUGGAUGACGUCAAUGAAAAACUGGCUGAAGAAGAUGUUGUGAAGAACAUCACACGCUGGAUGCUGCUUGGCCACCACAACUCAUCAAUGGGGAACAGCAGUGCUGACACCCCACCUCCCCUUGAUCCUGCAGACAUGCCCAGGGGACCCUGCUGGGAGACAACUGUCGGCAUUGAGUUUGUAAGGCUCACAGUGUCUGAUAUCCUGGUGACCUAUGUAACCAUCCUGGUGGGAGAUUUUAUCCGAGCUUGCUUUGUCAGAUUUGUGAAUUACUGUUGGUGCUGGGACCUAGAGGCUGGAUUUCCCUCCUAUGCAGAGUUUGACAUCAGCGGCAAUGUUUUGGGUUUGGUCUUCAACCAAGGAAUGAUUUGGUAUGGAUCCUUUUAUGCACCAGGGCUCGUGGGUAUAAAUGUGCUGCGCUUAUUAACCUCCAUGUAUUUUCAAUGUUGGGCUGUUAUGAGUAGCAAUGUCCCUCAUGAACGAGUAUUCAAAGCAUCCAAGUCUAACAACUUUUACAUGGGACUUUUACUGUUAAUCCUGUUCCUCAGCCUCCUGCCUGUGGCCUACACCAUCAUGUCCUUGCCUCCUUCCUUUGACUGUGGACCAUUCAGUGGAAAGAAAAGGAUGUAUGAAGUCAUUCAAGAGACGAUUGAGCUUGAUUUCCCACUUUUUAUUGCCAAGAUCUUCAGCUACGUGGCAAACCCAGGACUGAUCAUUCCUGCAAUUCUACUCAUGGUCCUUGCUAUCUAUUACCUAAAUGCUGUGUCUGAAGCAUACCAACGCGCCAACGCAGAGCUGAAAAAGAAAAUGCAAAUGCAACGUGAAGAGGAUAAAAACAAGAGAAACAACAAAAUCAACAAUAAUUCCAUGAUGCAAGAUCUGGAGGAUUUACUUGCACCAAGUACAAAGAGUGAAAUCCACCCCAAACAAGCAGAAGGCAAGAAAAUAGAGUCUCCUAAUCAAGCCGUCCCUUUUGGGAAACAAGGAAAAGCAGAAGUCCUGAAUGGCAGCCCCAUGACUACUGGGAGAAGAGCAGUGCUCAUCCCGCCACCACACUUGCUUGUGACACGGCCACCAACACCAGGCAUCUGGGCACCUUACUCUUAUCCUGACAAGCCCUGGCCAGGGGGACACUCACUGGGACUGGUCCCUGGAAGGGGGAGAGGACAUCCAUGCUACUCACAUGCUGCUUGA